AUGAACUUUAAUGUAAAACCAGAGCACGUGGAUUAUUCUAUAGAACCAGAGCACGUGGAUUAUUCUAUAGAACCAGAGCACGUGGAUUAUUCUAUAGAACCAGAGCACGUGGAUUAUUCUAUAGAACCAGAGCACGUGGAUUAUUCUAUAGAACCAGAGCACGUGGAGUUUUCUAUAGAACCAGAGAACGUGGAGUUUUCUAUAGAACCAGAGAACGUGGAGUUUUCUAUAGAACCAGAGAACGUGGAGUUUUCUAUAGAACCAGAGCACGCGGAGUUUUCUAUAGAACUAGAGCACGCGGAGUUUUCUAUAGAACCAGAGCACGUGGAUUAUUCUAUAGAACCAGAGCAGGCGUAA